AUGCGAGGAAGACAUUUAUUAAGUGCCCAUAAUCUUUAUGUGUUCUUGAUAUCUUUAUCAAUUGCUCUUGGAUCCUUUAUGGAAGAGCAUUAUUUUAAUGAAUAGAGGUAUGAUCAUUUUUCAAAUAACUUUGAAUUAUGGGACUAAAGAUAUUUUAUUGCUAAAAAUGAAAAAUCUUAAAAUGGUUAGCUAGGUAAAGUUAACAUAAUAUUUGUUUGUGACAAAGACCUUACUCAUGAUAUCCUAUCUUGCAUACCACCUUUUUUUGAUAGCUAAAGGAGAAAUUCUGAUGUAAAUAUUUUCUUACUAGAAAUGAGGUAUUAUGGAGAAUCUCAGCCUUAUUCCAGCAGAUAUUUAGGCAUAGACUAUUUAUCUUAUUAAUCAAUUUAGCAAAAUAUAGCAGAUAUAGCAUUGUUCGUCUCAUUUUUAAAAAAGGAUAAUAUGGUAUCCUCCGAUUCUAAAAACAUACUUGUAGGAUAGAAUUGGUCUGGUAGUAUAGGAACAUGGACUAGGAUUAAAUAUCCUCAUUUAAUAGAUGGAGUUAUUGCUUUUAACAGCUAAUUAGUGAACAUUAAUUAUGAAUAAUACAAUUAAAUAUUAGAUUAAUAACUCUCACAAACAAACCCUUAAUGUAAGCAAUAAAUUUCUGAAUUAUUGAUAAAUCUAACCUAGUAAAUUUAAGAGCAGAGCAGUAAAAAGUAACUUUUGGAGUUAUUUGAUUUCAAGCAUAAUAUUGAUUAGAAUAUUUUUAUUUUUUACUUUUAAGGUUUGUUGCAAUAAGAAUUAGAAAAUAAAAUCAAAAUUUUAGAAUUUUGCUCCUAAAUUUAAAAUAAAACAAUAUCUUAAAUAGUAAAUGAAAUUGUUUCAAAAUCUUCAUAAGAAUAUAAGAAUUUGUUUGAUAUCCAAGAAUUUGCAAGUUUGUCUGAUUCUAAUAAUGCAACAUAAACCAAAAGAAAAAACUAAUAUCUACCUUUUAUCCGUUUGUAAUGUUCAGAUCUAGGGUUUUCUAAAUUUUUCUCUAAUUAAGUAACUGAAAAUAGUUAGAGUACAAUAUUUAAGAAAAUUCCUUAGUAUAUCUUCUAAAAAAUAUGUUAAACUUUAUUUAAUUAGCCAUUCCAUAAAAAUGUUGAUUAACUUUAGCAAUUAUUUGGAGGAAUUAAUUUUAAUCAUUAAAAUACUCUUUUCAUUAACAAUAUGGAUAAUCUAAGCACUAUUGCAUAUAAAAAUUGUACAGAAUAAUAGAUAAAUCAUAAAAAAAAUAAAGUCAAGUUUGAUGAUGAUAAAGUAAGAAGAUGUCUUAACCUAAAUGAAAAUGGAUAAAACAUUGCUGAUUACAUUAAUAAAGCAAUUUAUUAGUGGACAGAUUGUAUCUCUAUGAAGAAUGCUAAAAAAGAUAAAACAAAUAAAAAGGACUAAAAUGAGCAUAAAGAUUAAAAAAAUAAGAAAAAGUAAAGAAAACCUAAAAAACCAACAAAAAAAAAAUAAUAAUGA